CAAGUUUCGUGCUUGUAGGUCCUCCAGACUUGCCUCGCACUCUUACUAAUCCUGAUUCGUCAGCCUUUGGACAUGCGAACACCAGAUGGUGGGUUGCGAUCAACCAUGGUAUCAGCGGUCGGGUUCGUGCAGGCCCAACCACUUCCCUCGUGCCACUGAUCGUUCUCCAAAGGCUGGCUGACGCGAGCGGAACGCCAGCCAUGGCUUCGCUGUCACAGUCACAGCCGACUGCGGUGCUUCGAGCCGAGGCAUUUAGGGUCAGACGUUGCGCCGUCCGUCAUCCUCCCUGCCCACAUUUUAUCGUCUCUCCGUUCCUUCGCCCUCACACUUCUCCAAACCUCCCUGCGGCGCCGGUCUCCCCCCACUCCCUUUCUCCGCUGUUCAUCGCGGUCGGCCGCUCUAGAAGAAGCCGGCGGGUGGCGGUGUCGGUGUCGGCCAUUCACACGAGGCAGGAUGGGAGGACGGAUGCAGGAGCGGAUGCGGGAAAGCCGCAAAGAGCAGCGCGAGGGAGCAAGGCGACGAGCGUGGCGAGGCAGGGAGACGGCGUGACGGGAAGAGGAACGCAAGUGAGCGGAAUGCAGGGAGUCGGAGUGCGGGUUGCAGGGGGAAGCGGGGAGCAGGAGGGAGAUGGAGCGGAAACCACAAUGCAACGUCCGAGCGAGCCGAAGCAGCAGCAACGACAACAGCAGCAGCAGGAGCAGCAGUCACAGGGAGCACAGCAGUCGUCAAGCUUUGUUCCUUCAGUCGUGCGUGUGGCUGCUGGCAAUCAAGGCGGAGCAGUUUCGUGGAAAAGAGCCACCUCGCUCACACGGGUAGCACCACUUAACCGAGUAGCCUCGCUAGGCUCGGGCGGCUUCCAGGGGUUAGGCUCGGGAAUUCAAGGGCUAGGCUCGGGCAUUCAGGAGAUAGGCUCGGGAAUUCAGGGGCUAGGCUCGGGUAUUCAGGGGCGAGCGUCAGCAGUGCGCAGCAGGCUGCAGGGGAGCGCGAUGGAGGUGGGGAGUCAGCUGCAGGGGCGGGCGUAUGGCGUGGGCAGCACCAUUCAGGACACGGCGGCGGUGGUGGGCGGGGCCAUUCAGGGCAGAGCCGUGGAGGUCGGCAGCACGAUUCAGGGCAAAGCGGUUGAGGUGGGCAGCACCAUACAGGAUACAGCUGUGGUGGUUGGGGGCGCUAUUCAAGGGAAGGCAGUGGAGGUAGGGAGCACGAUACAGGAUACGGCAGUGGUGGUGGGCAGCAGGAUCCAGGGCAAAGCGGUGCAGCUGCAGGAGAGAGCGGUGGAGGUGGGCAGCAGCAUUCAAGGCAGGGCGGUGGAAGUGGGCAGCAGCAUUCAAGGCAGGGCGGUGGAAGUGGGCAGCAGCAUUCAGGACCGGGCAGUGCUGCUGCAGGGGAAGGCUGUGGAGGUGAGCAGCACGCUGCAGGACGUGGUGUCGGAAGUGGGGCAGGUGGUGACUGAGGUGGGUGUGACUAUACAGGAGAAGCAGCAGGAGAUCGCCAAGGUGGUGCAGCACACGGCGGAGGACGUGGAGAGGAGCCUGCCCCCGCCAGCGCAGGGCGCGCUGCGCACGGCGGGCACGGGCCUGCAGCACCUGGUGGCCGUGGUGGCGCCCGUGGUGGACCGCAUCCCGGUGACCAAGGGGCAGCUGGCGGGGGCGGCAGUGGUGGUGGUGCUGUUCAUCAAGGCGGUGGAGCAGUGGUGGUACCAGUUCCAGCAGGACUCGCGGGGCUCGACUCACUUUGACAUCCCAGAGCGCAUUCGCGUGGAGGCCCCUUCCCCGCUGCCCCCUCCAGUUCCAGUGGCGUCCACGCGGCAGCAGGUGGACGUGCGGCGCAAGGAGCCCAUGGAGUGGGUCAACAUGCUGCUCAGGAAGGUGUUCCGCAUCUACCGCACGGGGCUGGAGCGGUGGAUGGUGGGCAUCCUGCAGCCCAUCAUCGACGAGACGCCCAAGCCGCGCUACGUGCGCCGCGUGCGCAUCAAGCAGUUCUUCCUCGGGGACGAGCCGCCCUCGCUUCGCUCCAUUGAGAGGCGCACCUCAAGACGAGGAAAUGACCUGCAGUACCACGUGGGGCUGCGCUACACGGGCGGCAUGCGCAUGCUUUUAGAGGUCCCGGUGGACGCCAGCAUGGGGCUGUCCACCAUCCCGCUGACCAUCCCCAUCCCGGUGGGCGUGCGCAACUUUGACAUCGACGCGGAGCUGUGGGUGAAGCUCAAGCUCAUCCCCGUGGAGCCGUGGGUGGGCGCGCUCACCUGGGCGUUUGUCACCAUGCCCAAGGUCAAGCUCACGCUCGCACCCUUCAGAGUCGUCAACCUCAUGGCCAUCCCCUUUCUCUCCAGCUACCUGCAAGCUCUUCUCACCGAGGAGCUGCCCAGCCGCUUCCUCCGUCCCAACAGCAAGCGUGUCGACCUGCUCAAGGACCGCCCGCUGCCGCCCGACCCCUCGCAGCGCGAGUUCCGCGAGGGGCAGGUGGCGGGCGGCACACUGGGGUUUGCAGGGGAGCUGCAGGUGACAGUGAUUGCCGCCCAGCGCAUCAUCAACCUGCCGCUCGGCGACAGCAACCCGUACGUGCUGCUGGAGCUGGGGCAGCAGGUGGCGCGCAGCAAGCGCAACAGCGAGACGUCGCUGGUGGGGCCGGCGGGCUACCCCAUUUGGAACCAAGACUUCGUGCUGCUCGUUGUCGACCCCUCGCUGCAGCGCCUCUCCGUCAAGCUCAGGGGGUCGCUGGGGCUCUUCUAUGUGGACUUUGGUCACGGCACUGUGCGCCUGGACUCGCUGCAGGACACGGUGCCCACGGACGUGUGGGUGCCGCUGCGCCUGCAGCUGCCGUUUGGGCGCAAGGCGUGUGGGCGGGUGAAGAUGCGCCUCACGUACAAGGCGUUCGUGGAGGAGGAGGAGGAGCGGGACGUCGAGACCUUCGAUCGGCCCUACAGCGAGGCGGAGAGUGACACAGAGGGCGGGGAUGCGCUCGCUACCAUUUCCCGCCUCAAGAGAUUCGUUGCUGACGUGGCGGAUUCUGCUGCUCCUCCGGAGCUUUUGAGGAUCCUGGAGAACGUGAGGGUGGGCGAGAUUCCGCGUGUCGUCGACCUAGAGCGACUCAGCAGUGACGUGGCGAAGCUGUCUGACCUGGCGCGUGCGCUCGAGGUGGCGCUGUUCAAAGACGUGAACCGAUUGGCCGAGCUCCCAAGGCUGUCAGAUCUUCCCAAGAUGAAGGAGUUCUCCGUGCUUGCUGAGCUGGCGAGCAUCCGCGCUGACAUGGAACGACUGGCGCAGGCAGCGCGUGCGCUGGAGCUCGGUGCUGAGCUGGAGAAACGUGUCAAGGUGGAUCUCUCCCGGAUCGAUCUUGACCUCUCGUCCGUUGAUCUUCCCAAGUGGGACGAAUGGAUGGCUGUGCCGCGCCGAGCGCUGCCCCAGUCAAAGGAUCUGGCGGAGCGAUACCGCCUGCUGCUGCCGGAUGGGGAGGAGAGGAGGAGGCAGAGGGCGAGGGAGGAGAGGGAGCAAGGGGGUGGGGGGGUGGAGGGUGAGAGAAGGGGCAGAGUGGAGGAAGGAGAGGGAGAAAAUAGGGGGCAAGCAGUGGGAGAAGGGAGGGGAGGAGGAGCAGGAGGAGGAGGAGGAGCAGGAGAGGGGUCAACUGGAAGGAUCCGGAGGAUACGGCGGGUGACACCAGCAGCAGCAGCAGAGGUCAAAGGCAGGAGAGCAGUGGGGAGGGGAGGUGCGAAAGGGGGAGGGUCUGUGGAGGCGUUUGAGUGGAAGGAGGCGCUGCGGGUGUUUGAGGACGUGUGGGGCAUGAUGGACGGCGCCGCCUCCGUGCUGCCCGGCACGCUCUCAGGCACACCCGCCCGCCCCCUGGGGACUGGUGCCCGGUCAGAUACUCAGACACCGGCAGACGGCCCCCCUGGUGGCGCUGCUGCUGAUGGCCGCAGGACGGGGGCGGAGGUUGCGGGGGAAGGGGAGAGGGAGGCAGGGGGCAGGGAGGGAGGAAGGCGAGUGAUUGUAGCAGGCACGCUCAGAGGCAAGGGGUUGGGGGUGAGAGGGGCUUACAUGGGGAGGAAUGGGGAUGGGGAUGGGAGGACCGGGGCGACUGGGGAGAGUGAUACGAGGGGUGGGGGUGGGGAAGGUUGGGCGGCGGAAGGGGGCAUGGGCAUUAGUGAGGAUGGCACUUUGGGCGAAGUAUUAUUCAGUUCUGACGUGGAUGGGGUUGGUGCCAGCGUGGCACCACGUGGAGCUGAGUCAGCAGCAACGGCCACGCCUGAACUGAAGGGGUGGACGUCCCCCUCCCUGCAGACUGCUGGGAGCGGCACUGGCGAUGGGAUUGGCGUGGGCGAUAGGGAUGGCCGUGCGGUUGGAGAUGCGGUUGAGAGCGGUGCAAUCGAGCAAAGGGGGAAGGGUGGAGCAGCAGGGACGGGUGGGAGAGGAAGGGAGUGGGCAGAGGGGAGGGAUGAGUUGAGCUCAUGUGGGCAACAUGGUGUGGGUGAUGCACGGGUGAGAAUGGGACUCUGGGAAAGAGAGCAGCGGAUACAGGGCUAGAUCCAGGGGGGGAAGAGAGGGUGGGGAAGGAUGGGGCAGGAGUGGGAACGGGGAGUGUCGAGGGACGAGAUGGAGGGGAAGGGGAACCUGGUGUGGCUUCAGGUGAACUUGGUGUGGCUUCAGGUGAACCUGGUAUGGCUUCAGGUGAACCUGGUGUGACUUCAGGUGAACCUGGUGUGGCAUCAGGUGAACCUGGUGUGGCAUCAGGUGAACCUGGUGUGGCUUCAGGUAAACUUGGUGUGGCUUCAGGUGAACCUGGUGUGGCUUCAGGUGACCCUGGUGUGGCUUCAGGUAAACCUGGUGUGGCUUCAGGUGAACCUGGUGUGACUUCAGGUGAACCUGGUGUGGCUUCAGGAGAACCUGGUGUGGCUUCAGGAGAACCUGGUGUGACUUUAGGUGAACCUGGUGUGGCUUCAGGUGAACCUGGUGUGGCUUCAGGUGAGCCUGGUGUAGACUCUGGUGGGCACGCUGACAUUCAACUCUUUGAGGUUUGUAUAGUAUGGUAUAGCUCGCUCUUACAGCAAGAAGCAUGUUUUAACUAAAGUUCACAGGAAGCAGGAGUCCUAGAAGCUUUGGCGGUGUGUGUGUGUGCCGCCGCUGCAUUGCAUGCCCGAAGUCUCGGUCGCCCGGCAGGAGCAAUGUGGGCUAGCAGUGAUGUGCAUGUGUGACACCGUGCCGUGUGGUGUGGUGCAUACGAACCACUCUAGCAGCAAUGUGAAACAUUGGUUGGUAGGUUGGGACGGACAGUAGGUAGCGUUAAAUUAUAUAUGUUAGUAUAUAAUUGUAGGCUUGGUAGACGUUACUGAACAUUUCUGUAGAGGGUACAACACCCCUCCUUGUAUCCCUCUCUCUUCAUUUCUAAGA